CAAAGAAUAUUAAGAAAUAUCAGGCGAUGAAGGAUACGGUUGAAUUUGGGCCUCUAACGUUUAGCGUGUGGAAGCAAUUAGAUUGAGCAGAAACUUGUGGAUGAGAGUUAAUUAUUUUCUUGUAUUUCUUAAUUCUUUAUCGGAAUUAUAUUUAUAAAAAAAAUGACAAAUUCGAGCUGGGCUUUCGCGGUUCCAGAUUUUCUGCUCUACUCCUAACAGUCGAAGAGCUUAUUAUUAUCGAAAAUUUUUGGCUUCGAGCUCAUAUCUCAUCAAAAUUCAUCAUAUGUUUUAGCUUUUGCAUGACAAGAUUCUUCAAACCCCAUAAAAUUCGACACUUUCUCCGGCACAAUCAAUUAGUUUGGCAAUUCACAGGUUGGUGUUUACCGGGUUCUGGGUUUGGGAAAGACUUUCAACUGAAUUUUGAAAUAAGAAUUAUUAAAAUUCAGGAAAAAAAAUUGGAAAUGGAUUUAUGGAUUGUUGCCGCAGCUGCUGGAGCUGGAUAUAUAGCAAGUAAUUGGCAAAAUUUUUCAGCCGAAAAAGAAGGUUUAGCGGAACCUACAUCUAAAAUCUCACUCAGAUCAGAAUCACGGAAUUUACUGCAGCAGAUUCGAGAUAGAACCUGUCCAAUGCGCAGAUUAGCGCGAAAAAAAGCACAAAAAGAUGUAAUUUCAGAGGAAAGUAAUGAUAAAGAUGUAAAUUUAUUGGAAAUGGACAGGUUAAAUGGUGGGAAUUCAGUAGCAGAAAUAGCUUCGUCAAGUAGUGGAAGUGCUUUUGAAAAUAUUGAAGGGCAUGAGGAUCAUAGUGGGGCAUGGUUAACUAAAUUGUCACCGGUGCAUAUUGUAGGAGAAAGUUAUGUAGAAAAUUCGGGAUGUGAUUGUGCCGAAAGUUGUAAUUUCCAUAGGUUUAGUAAGAACAAGCUUAUUAGAAUGUGUUGUGGAUAUUCCAUGAGGUCAUUGAAUCCUUCGGAAAUGCCUGCGUUUGUAACUGAUGGAAGACAAAUCAUCAGAAGCUUAAGCAAUGAUUUACCGGUGGUAGAAGUCGAGCAAGGAAAGGAGGGGGCCAGGAGAGAAAAUGGUGCUUUCUUGAAAGGAAACGAUUCAUCGAUGACAUCUUCUUCCUUGAAACAAUUUGAAUCAGCUGUGAUCCAAAGGAAACCUGAAAAGUGCCCUGAUUUGUCACGGCCGAGUGAUUCUAGAGAUCGGGCGUCCAGCAGAACUUUUCAUUCACCUGGACAUGACCAGAUGCUUCUUUUCUUUGUCGGAAUGACUAUUGGAAUAAUAUCUGCCACUAUGGCCAGUAAGAAUGAGAUAGAGAAUUUGAAUGAGCAGAUGAAGCAAACUCACAAUUUAGUUCAGGAUUUACACGAGGAACUUGAUCAUCGCUCUUAUGGGACAGAUGAUCCAUCAUUGUUAAUUCGAGAGCCAGUAGCGUCUUGUUCUGAAAUGGAAACGAAUGAAUUGAUCCGAGUUGACAAUUUAAAGGCAAAUGAUAAAGAAACCGAGAAUUCUGAGUUGAGAAGCAAGAUUGAGGCAGAGCUUGAGGCUGAACUGGAGAGGCUGGAGCACAACUUGAAGGCGUCUAAUCUGGAAAGAAUAUCUACUGUUGUUGAUCUUGAUCCUGAUUUUGAACCGUAUACUAUGCAAGGAGACUUGAAAUUAGCUGUGUCUAGUGAAAAUUAUGACUAUGCAUCCGAGUCUGGGCGUGAUGGAACAAAGACAGCCACUGAUUGCUCGCAGCCUAUAAAUUAUGCCGUUUCCCCUCGGGAGCUGAGUUUGCGCCUCCAUGAGUUGAUAGAAUCUAGGCUCGAAGCACACAUCAAGGAGCUCGAGAUAGCUCUGGAGUAUAGUGAAAAUGGGGCUCAAACUCUGAGAUCAUAGAGCAAUGUCUCUGAAAGGAUAUUUUUCACAGUUAGAUAGAAUCAUCUUCUCCUCCCAGAAGUCCUACAUCUAUACAGUAGCAAUUGCACUGAUCUAAAGCGUUCUAUUGGAUAAAAUUUGAAGAAAAUGGAUCCAUUUCACACCAUGGUAAAUCGAAUGAGAAUCAGGAGGGUGAAGAUGAUGACAACUAAUCAGAAAUGCAAAGAAAUUUAAAAAUUUCACGGUCAAAAGUAAAGAGAGUAUAUCUUAAUGAAAACUAGAAAAUAGAACAACAAAUCCAUGUAUACAUACAUAUAAAGAAUUUUGAAUGAUGUGUUAUGUUCAUCAAAAUGUUCGUGUCGACUUUUGAAGUAAGCUCUGCAGCAUCUGUUUAGUUCAAAUACUUAUGAACGUAUGUAUAAAAUUCCAUUUUGUGCCA